UAACCUACAAUACAAUAUGUUUUUGCCUGUAGGCGUCAUUUGCCUCUGACACUGUCAACAGAAAGAGGAAACUAUCCAGUCUGUGGUGCUCCGUUGUCGACAUGAUCACUCACAUGUCACUCUGCAAAUUAUUUCCUUUGGUUGUCGUGGGGGUAGUAGUGUUUGCAGUGAGUGGGAUCACCGGAGACCCUCUGUUUGACUGUCUCCAAGACACAGAUUACAGUGAGCUUCUGAAUAUGGUGGAUAAAGGUCUUCCUGCCACAAAGACGCCUCAACAUGUCGCAAUUAUUGGAGGCGGCAUCGCUGGACUAACUGCAGCCAAGUUUUUGGAAGACGUCGGACACAAGGUAACCAUAAUAGAAGCCAGCCACCGCAUCGGAGGUCGUAUAGAGACCUUCAGGAACACAAGAGAAGGCUGGUAUGCAGAAUUGGGCGCCAUGCGAAUCCCCAGCUUCCACAAGAUUCUGCUGUCCUUUGCCUCCAAAUUACAAAUUCCCUUGAACCCCUUUAUCCAAGAAGACUUGAACACAUACUAUCUGGUGAACGGAAUACUGCAGAAAACCUAUCUGGUUAAAGACAACUUGAGCGUGCUGAACUACACGUUGAAUGAAAGAGAAAGGGGGAAGUCUGCAGCCCAACUCUUCAGUGAAACUCUGGACAAGGUGAAGGAUGACCUUCAGACGAGCAGCUGCACUGCUGUAUUGGACAAAUAUGAUUCCUACUCCGUCAUACAUUACUUGGUAAAGGAGGGCAAUCUAAGUCGUGGCGCCUUGCAAAUGAUUGGAGAUAUCCUGAAUGAGGACAGCAUAUACUACGCAUCCAUUGUUGAGAUGUUCUACAUACAGAUGGACAUCAAUGACAACACAGAGUACUUUGAAGUGACAGGUGGCUUUGACAAGAUCAUCACGGCCUUCUACAAGAUGUUAAACGCCACCACUCUACUCAAUUCCAAAGUCAAAUUCAUCAACCAAACGGGAGGCAAGAAUGUGACAAUCACAUACCAGGACCGCCAUAAUCCAGGAUCCCUGACCAACCUGACGGUGGACUACGCCAUGGUUACGGCCACAGCCAAGGCGACCCUUUUCAUUGACUUCCAGCCUCCUCUUUCCAGGGACAAGAUGGAAGCCCUACGCUCGGCUCACUACACCAGCAGCACCAAAGUGAUACUCAGCUUCAGGGAACGCUUUUGGGAGAAAGAAGGCAUCAGGGGAGGCAAGAGCAUAACAGACAGAACCUCUCGUUUUAUUUAUUACCCCAGCCACAGUUUCUCUGGAACAGAUGCAGGUGCCCUACUGGCCUCUUACACCUGCUCUGAUGAGUCCACCCUCUUCCAAGGUAUGAGCGAGGACGAUCUGAUGGCUGUCGUACUGGACGACUUGGUCAAGAUCCACGGAGAGGACAUCAGGCCUCUAUUUACAGGAGGACUGGUCAAAAAGUGGGGAUUAGAUCCUUACAGCUUUGGAGCCUUUGCCCUGUUGACGCCUUACCAGCGCAUCUUUACAAGUCAACUGUUUGAAAGUGAGGGACGUGUGCACUUUGCAGGAGAACACACUGCCUUACCUCAUGGUUGGAUAGAAACAUCCAUGAAAUCUGCUCUGAGAGCCGCAAAAAAUAUCAAUGACCUCACCAUUUAAUCGAGAACAUAAUAUUUUAUUUCAACACACAUUAUAUUAUGUAUUUGUUAUUUGUUUGUAUUUGUAUACAUAUAUUUAUUGAUGCUGGUACAUAUUGUAGCGGAUUUGAGCUUAUAAAGUAGUGAUUAUCUCACAAAACCGGGAAAAGCAUUAUUGUGUGUACAAAAUUCUUCCGGGCUGUUUGCGGCCUGCACUCCGUUAUUAUGGCAUGAGAACUAAGUUUUAUUGGUGUGAACUUAAAGGGGAACAUUAUCACCAGACCUAUGUAAGCAUCAAUAUAUACCUUGAUGUUGCAGAAAAAAGACCACAUAUUUUUUUAACCGAUUUCCGAACUCUAAAUGGGGGAAAUUUGGCGAAUUAAACGCCUUUCUGUUUAUCCCUCUCUGAGCGACGACGUCAGAACGUGACGUCACAUCGGUACUCAACGCCAUUUUUCCCUACACAUCACACGCAUCGAGUCGAAUUAGCUCUGUUAUUUCCCGUUUUUUUGACUGUUUUCCGAUACCUUGGAGACAUCAUGCCUCGUCGGUGUUGUCAAAGGGUGUAACAACAUGAUCAGGGACGGAUUCAAGUUGAUUUACGUAGAAUGUGCAUCGAUUAGCACUGCAUGCUAAUCGAUGCUAAUGUAGCCGAGUAUCCUGGGUUCGCAUAUUCUGGGUACUGAUAAAAUAAAAUAAUAAAAGGGAGUCAUGAGAGCAGGUCCGGUCUCCACCACUUCUUUAUUUUUCCCUUCUUUACACCUCUCUCCAUAUACCUCACCUUCUUCAACAACCCACCUUUAUAUAGACCCCUUACGUCACAGCCCUACGGCAACACUGGACGGACACCCUGAACUGUUUGUUACAUACAUCCCCCCCUCAAGUAGAAACGUCCCCGUUUCAUCACUAA